AUGUCUUCUGUUGCAGAGUGCGGCGAAUGUUUAAACUUGACAGAUUGCCGGAUGACGGAUGGGUUUUGUCUGAGUGCGUGUCAGCUCGGGUUCUACGGCACGCAGUGCGAGAAAAAAGACAGACCAGGUGUGAGUACAACCUCUGUGAUCUACACCCUGGCCACCCUCUACUACUUUGUCGUCGCCGCCGUCAUCGUGUACGCCGCCUACUGGCACAUCUACAAGCAGAGGGAGGGCGCCUCAGUGGUGGAGGAGGAGGCAGCGCAGCAGAUUCAUCGUAAGUCAAACCACAUGGAUGAAGAUUACUUCGAGAGUCGAGAGAGUUCUGUCGAUGAAGGCCACCCACACAUAAGGAAAUCCAAAAGAAAAGACAGGCAUCAUAGAGGACAUAAACGACGGAGUAAACAGCGACAUCACAGGGAUAACGACGGGAGCGAUGAAGAAGACUACGCCGGAAGUGACGUGGAUCACCCACCGAAAGCUCCGAGGCUUGACUUUACGGUAACGUUAACCAACAGACCUACGAACGUGGUCAGAACGACAAACAAAACUCGCCCGCUGGAAAUUAAGGACGUUAUAGAAAAUGAGCGACAACUAGUUUCGGUAGAACCUUCCCCCAAACAUUUGAAAAGAAAGCUAAGCGACAAGUCAAAAGGUAAGAUGACUAAAGGGAAGUAUUUCGACCACUACGCGGCGAAGAUGAAAACAAAAAAAUGGAAGCAGAAUGCGCUAUUCUGGAAGAAGAAGGCACAGUCGCUUGAGUCAUUGCAUAAGGAAUCGGACACAAAGAUCCAGGUUUCUACUGAAGAUGCUGCGUCACAAGACGCCGGGAGAGCCGCGUCGCGUCAGAAAGGCCAGGCGUCUGUCGCCAGUUCCAGAAGGACGUCAAUCAAAUCCGUGAAGACGUCAUCAGUCGUUGGUUCCGUUGCGUCAUCAAGACACGCGAGUCAUUCCCUUGUGUCUGGCGCGGAGUCAUCAGCCAGUGGGAUGUCGACACGGACAACGGAAAUUCAGAAACCGGACAACAACUUCAAGCAAACAUCCCGGAACGCGAAAGCGGGUGGUAAGCCAACCCUCAAAGAACUAGCGCGAGGGGCUAAUCCGGACAAAACCUCUAAACAAAAUCAACAACGGGACCCAAAAUCGGACAACACCUUUAAACAAUAUCAACAAUCCCGGGACCCAAAACUGGAAACCAGGCCUACCCCCAAUGAACCAUCCCGAAGCACAAAGCCAAGCAGUGCCUCUAAACUAACGGAACCCCCAAUACACGAGGAAACAUCCUCGGUCAGAUCGGUGGCGUCCAGUCGGCAUUCCAGGGCACCCAGCCAUAUUUCUGCAGCCAAAAGCCAGAACUCAACAUCCCAAGUAUCCAAUAAAACGGUCGAGUCAGCGACUAAGUGGUCAGAUGUACGGAGUGCGCAUGCGUCAUAUUCGCGCGAUUAUUUUUCUCCCGAUGUUAGUGUAUACUCGGUGCGGACAGAUCGGGAGAAAUCAGAAAGAAAGAAAUCCAAGGAUUCUUCUUGA